AUGACCGCCCCAAAGCAGUUCGCGUCCUAUGUUGAUGCCAAUGCCGAGAGCUAUAUUCAAAGGCUUGCAAAAGCAGUUGCGAUUCCUAGUGUCAGCGGAGAUGCAAAAUACAGGCAGCAUGUUUUUGAUAUGGCUGACUUCCUCGUGAAUGAGAUGCGAAGUCUGGGAAUCAAUGUACACAAGGUCGAUCUAGGGAAGCAUGUCCUCGAUGGGGAGGAGCUUCAGCUUCCGCCUGCUAUAUUGGGAUCGAUCGGAAACGAUCCGAAGAAGAAGACCAUUUUGUUGUAUGCACAUUACGACGUUCAGCCUGCGCUCUUGUCCGACGGGUGGGACCAUGAGCCUUUCCGGCUCACUCCUGAUCCCAAAACGGGGCGUUUAUACGGGCGAGGUGCAUCAGACGAUAAAGGACCACUCCUUGGGUGGCUGAACGUCGUCGAAGCUCAUGUGAAGAGCAAUAUCGAACUCCCUGUUAACCUCAAAUUUUGCUUCGAAGGAAUGGAGGAGAGCGGGUCGGACGGGUUAGAUGAUCUCAUCAAAGCGGAAUCACCAAAGGGCAAAUUCUUCGAUGGCGUGCAUGCUGUAUGCAUCUCUGAUAACUAUUGGCUUAACGAUCGCACUCCUUGCCUCACGUAUGGUCUCCGAGGUAUAUCUUAUUACAAGGUGUCUGUGUCGGGGCCCGCUCGCGACCUACACUCUGGUGUCUUCGGGAACACAGUCCAUGAGCCAAUGACGGAUCUCAUCCACUUGUUAGGCAAGCUGGUGACUCCGACUGGAGAGAUCAAGAUACCAGGGCUCGCAAAUCUCGUCGCACCUCUGACGGAGGAAGAAAGGAAGCGAUACGAGGUAAUCGACUACAGCGUAGCAGACGUGGAGCACUCUGCUGGCGCCAGGGUUGCGAUAUCAGAUGACAAAGUUCGUGUAUUGACAGGACGCAUGCGAGAACCUUCGCUGUCGAUCCACGGUAUUGAGGGUGCCUUUUCCGCCCCCGGAGCUAAGACUUCGGUUGCUAAAACCACCUCCAAAGGCAAAUUCUCCAUCCGCCUGGUACCGGACAUGACGCCAGAACUCGUCGAUCCAAUCGUCAUCAAUUACCUUGAAGGCGAAUUCGCCAAGCUCAACUCCAAGAACAAGCUGAAAAUCGAAAAUUUACAUGGUGGAAAACCUUGGGUAACGGACCCCGGCCAUUGGAACUACAAAGCCGCGAUUAAAGCCACUGAGACGAUUUAUAAGAAAACUCCGGACCUGACUCGAGAGGGAGGUUCCAUACCGGUCACGCUUACGUUCGCAGAGGCCCUAGGCGUUAACGUGUUACUGCUUCCCAUGGGCCGGGGAGACGAUGGAGCACACUCUACAAACGAGAAGCUCGACCGUUCGAACUAUAUUGAAGGAACGAAGCUUCUUGGAACUUACUUGCAUGAAGUUGGUGCUAUCUCCAUUGUAUAA